GUACUUGAGGAUGACUAAGCCUUGGCUGCUGUGGCAGGAGCUGCGAGGCGGGAGGGUGCCAAGUUAUGAGACGAUGAUAACUUGGCCUCAGGCUUCUGAGGUCGUGCCCGUGGGCCGGGAGGGGCGCGGCUGGGCCCCAGAAGUUGGAUAAAACGGGCCGCUCUGCUCCGGGGCCGCUUUCUCCGCGCGGUGCCUGCAGCGUUCCUCACCGGCGGGCGGCAGACUGGGAGGGGCCGGACAUAGCGACCAGCGGAAGGACGCCUGAGCGGCCUCUGCCCCUGGCCAGGUGGACGACUGACCCCCGCGCCGGGUGGACACAGGCAGGGCGCGCAGCCCCUCUGGGGAACAGGCAGGUGCUGGCUAGGGCUAGUGGGGCCGGGACACGGGCAGGCGGUGGAAGGACCGACGACAGCGGCAUGGCGGGGGUGGCAUGCGAGCCGGUGGCCAGGCCGAGCCUGACGUCCAUCUCGUCGGGGGAGCUGCGCAGCCUGUGGACGUGCGACUGCGAGCUGGCCCUGCUGCCCCUGGCGCAGCUGCUGCGCCUGCAGCCCGGCGCCUUCCAGCUGCGCGGCGACCAGCUCGUGGUGCCCGGGCCCGGGGAGCCGGCCGCGCGCGGCGGCUUCAAUGUCUUCGGCGACGGCCUGGUGCGCCUCGACGGGCAGCUCUACCGCCUCAGCAGCUACAUCAAGAGGUAUGUGGAACUGACCAACCACUUUGAUUAUAAAGACUACCGGGAAACCAUACUGAGUAAACCGAUGCUGUUCUUUAUUAAUGUACAGAACAAAAAAGACACUACAAAAGAAAGGAUGUAUGCUUUUCUGGUGAACACAAGGCACCCCAAGAUAAGAAGACAGAUAGAGCAAGGGAUGGACAUGGUCAUCUCCUCGGUGAUUGGGGAAAGUUACCGGCUUCAGUUUGAUUUUCAAGAGGCAGUGAAGAAUUUUUUCCCUCCAGGAAAUGAGGUGGUUAAUGGAGAAAAUUUGAGCUUUGCGUAUGAAUUCAAAGCUGACGCAUUAUUUGAUUUCUUCUAUUGGUUUGGGCUCAGCAAUUCCACUGUAAAAAUACAUGGAAAAGUUCUGAAUUUGUCAAGUACAAGUCCUGAGAAGAAGGAAACAAUUAAGUUAUUUCUGGACAAAAUGAGUGAACCUUUUAUCCGAAGGAGCAGUUUCUCUGACCGAAAAUUCAGUGUAACUUCCAGAGGAUCAAUAGAUGACGUUUUUAACUGCAGUCUGUCACCCAGAUCAUCUCUGACAGAGCCUCUUUUGGCAGAAUUACCAUUUCCAAGUGUUCUGGAAUCUGAAGAGACACCCAACCCGUUUAUCUGAUUGGACUGAACAUUCUAGCAGUUGCUUCUAUAGCCCAGGCCUGUGCCAGACUGCAGGGUGGUGGGGAGAGGGGCACAGGUGGGAGGUGGCCGCUUCCACACUCUUUGCCCAUCCUUGGGUCCUCCGUGGCUUCUGCAGAGGGCCUCUUCCUUCCCUGGAAGGCCCCAUGCAACUGACUCCCUUAAAGGUUAUGAUUAUCAGGAUGGAAGGGCCUUGGCCCCAUGGUAUUAGGAAUGGGAGAAUUUCUACUACUUUGAAAACUUCUCCAAAAAGGCAGAAGGAGCCACAGAGUUCUGCCACCUGGAAUUUAUUUUAUUUUUUUUUCCCCACAGUUUUGGCCAGAACUGGGUUUGAACCUGUCACCCCCAGUAUAUGGAGCCAGAGCCCUACUCCUUGAGCCACAGGCACCGCCCUGGAACUUUAUGCUCAGUAUCUUGGGAGUUUCUUGGCAGCCUUUGUGGGAGUCAUCUGACUUGGAUGUUAACCCUUGACACUUUAUAAAUCAGGUUUGGCCCUCUGAGUUGGGAUAUUCUUGUUUGAACUCACACCCAGCAAACAUGGACUUAGCAGUGCUUUUCUCUUGCAAAUAUGGCUGAGUAAAAGCUUAUGCUCUCUUUCUUAGGAAGGCAGGUGUGUUUUUCAUCUGCCUAUAUAAAACCUUAAGGUAAAAGUAAAACAUUCAAGGUAAAGUUCACUGUAGGACUGGCCUGGUUGCUGGGAUGGUAACUCUGCCACUCAGUGCCUGAAAUUUGAAUUCCCUUGGCCUUCUUCUUAAUGAAGUAACCCAUGUGGAAUGGGGCCAGGUGACAUGGUGCCAAAUAAUGACAGGGGAAGGGUAAUGGACAGGUAAUGUUCUCUUUAUUGAAAGCAUCUAUGUCAGUUGGAUAUUUUAAACAAGCUUUUAGCAAUUCUAACACUAAAAGAAAAUGAGAAGAAAGCUAUCCCAUUGCCAUAAUACAUUGUUACAUCAAUACAUUUUUCAUCUCAUUGCUACAAUGGAAUUCUUCUAAAGGGAAAACACACGUCCUAUCUACAGGUAAAAACCUGCAUGAACAAAUCACUACAUAUGCUUUUUAAGGAAGAUUUAUGGGUCUUGAGUAAAAUUUUUUUGUCCUUUUAAAAAAUGCAUUACUGUGUUUCACAUUUUAAUAACAUGACUGGUGGUUCUUCCAUUUAUAUUUGAAAUAUAAUGGUACUAUGUUUGCACAAUUAAAACUUUUCUUAGCAUUCAACCUACAAGUUCAUUAAAUUUAUCACCAAGGGUGUGUGUGAUCUUUCCAUUGGUUUG